CUCCACCAUUCCAUUAAGCUUCUACCUGAGCCUAGUUACCACUUGUCUUGAUUAUAAAAGUGCCAAAGGACUGCAUAAUCUAUUUAUCGCACAUAACAACCACUUCGGUCCUACUUCAUUUUAAGUUCCUUUGAUCUCACUUGUUCUUUGCGAGCAAUGGCGACUUUGCUCAAUCAACCUCAGAGUGAGGCCAUCGGAUACUCCUUCACUCAGACAACUAGCGUUCCCAACAAAGAGCAUUCAUUCUACCCGUACACCGACAAUGGCGGUUCGACAUUAGGCAUCAGUGGGUCCGACUUUGCGAUCCUUGCUGGUGACACUCGCUCCGUUGCAGGCUACAACAUCAAUUCUCGCUACGUGCCUAAGGUCUUCAAAAUUGGAGGUGAUGAUGAAACUGGUGAGGGUGCUCACAUUAUUCUUUCGGUUGUUGGCUUUGCAGCGGAUGGCCAAGCACUCAAAGAACGACUCGAUGCUGUGGUCAAGAUGUACAAGUAUCAGCAUGGGAAGUCUAUGUCCGUUGGAGCGUGUGCUCAGCGCCUAUCGACGAUAUUAUAUCAGAAGCGGUUUUUUCCCUACUAUGUGCAUGCGAUCUUAGCAGGCUUGGAUGAAGAUGGCAGAGGUGCAUUGUACAGCUACGAUCCAGUUGGCUCGUACGAAAGAGAACAAUGCAGAGCAGCUGGGUCCGCAGCGAGCUUGAUCAUGCCCUUUCUGGACAACCAAGUCAACUUCAAAAACCAAUACAUCCCUGGCAGCGGUGAAGGUCAUGCUCUGGAGCCUAAGAAAGCCGAACCAUUGGCAAGAAAGACAGUUGAACAGCUUGUCCGCGAUGCCUUUACGAGUGCCGUCGAAAGGCACAUCGAAGUCGGGGAUGGUCUACAGAUGUUGGUGGUUACCAGCGCAGGUAUAGAGGAAAUCUAUUAUCCUCUGAAGAAGGACUAGACGCAAGCCUAUUUCCCUGGCCUGGUAUGAUUUACGAAAGAGAGCAAAGUGGACAAUAUUCCGGGUAUUGGUUUUAUUACUGAGCAGAGGCUAUCCUCAAUUCUAUGCUGUGUCAUCGUCUCGUUGGAUUUUGUUAAAUCAGAUGUAACCUUUUCCGUAACGCCAAAACCAUGUCCUAGGGCGGAAAUAAGACUGCAUGUUGUGCAAGACAAUUGUGAUGAAUUAG